AUGUCGCCUGUAUUGCUGGAAGAUCCCCAAACGAACACGGCGCCUACAGCGGAAGCCAAAACUCAAUAUGGACAGGACACCGUCCCAAAUCUGCUAUCGCUUCGCGGCAAAACUAUCGCUAUCACCGGCGGUGCUAGAGGUCUCGGUAUGGCCGUCGCUUACGCAGUCGUCGAAUCCGGUGGCCACGUAGCAUGUCUCGACCUCCUCCCUGUUCCCUCCGAGCCUGAAUGGAGCGAUCUCCAGAAACUCUGCAAAAUUCACAACUUGACUGCCACAUACGCUACAUGCGAUGUUACUAGCGAAAUUGAGAUGGAAGAAGUGAUUAAUGCUAUUGAGGAGAAAGCCAAUGCAAAUGGGGCACCUUUCUAUGGUAUGGUUGCGUGUGCCGGUAUCCAGCAAAAGGUUCCUGCACUGGAAUAUAACUCUCAGGACUUUGAAAGGAUAUUAAGGGUAAAUGUUACUGGAAGCUUUGUCACGGCGAAAUGGACGGCAAGGAAAUUGGUAGAGAAGAAGAGGCCCGGCAGCAUUGUGUUGGUGGCAAGCAUGUCGGGAGAUAUUGCAAACCGGGGACUUACAUGUUCCGCAUAUAACACAAGUAAGUCAGCCGUUCACCAGAUGUGCCGUUCCUUGGCCCAAGAAUGGGGUCAAUACGGUAUCAGAAUCAAUACAUUAUCUCCAGGUUACAUACGAACGGAUAUGACGAACCAAUUACUCGCCGCAGAACCCGAGGUAGAAAAGAUCUUCAUGGCUGGAGCACUUUUGGGAAGACUUUCAACACCAGAGGAGUUCAAGGCACCAACCGUUUUCCUUCUAUCAGAAGGAAGUUCAUUUAUGACUGGUGCGGAUUUGAGGGUCGAUGGAGGCCACUGUGCCUCUGCAUAA